UUCUCCUUGAAGCUCUAUAACUCCUGACUGCUGAGGCCGGGGGCUACUGAGCCAUGAGUACCACCUUUCUUCAGAGCUCUUCCUCUACCUAUGGGGGUGGCUUUGGUGGGGGCUCCUUGAGGGGAGCCUCUCUCCUGGCUGGUGGAGGAUACGGAGGGGGGAGUCUCUACAGGGGAGGUCAGAUUUCUGCCUCUUCAGCCAAGUUCGUCUCCUCUGGGUCAGUGGGAGGCUACGGUGGUGGAAUGAGCUAUGGCUUUGGUGGAGGGAGUGGCGGGGGUUUCAGUGCAGGAUAUGGAGGUGCCUUUGGAGGCGGCUUUGACCUGGGGGGCAGAGACGAUGGCCUCCUGUCCGGCAAUGAGAAGGUCACCAUGCAGAACCUCAACGACCGCCUGGCCUCCUACCUGGACAAGGUGCGGGCUCUGGAGGAAGCCAACGCGGACCUGGAGGUGAAGAUCCGGGACUGGUACCAGAAGCAGGGUCCCAGCAGCCCUGAGAAGGACUACAGCCCCUACUUCAAGACCAUAAAGGAGCUCCAGGACAAGAUCAUGGAAGCCAAAGCUAACAAUUCUGGCAUCAUUUUGGAGAUUGACAAUACUCAGCUGGCUGUUGAAGAUUUCAGAAACAAGUAUGAGAAUGAGCUGCACCUGCGUCAGAAUGUAGAGAGUGACAUCAGGGACUUGCACAAGGUAAUGGAAGAGAUGAAUUUACUCAAGACUGACCUGGAGAUGAAGAUUGAGGACUUGAAAGAACAGCUGGACUUCCUCAAGAAGAAUCAUGAGGAGGAAAUGAAAGAGUAUACCAACCAGCUAGUGGGUCAAGUCAAUGUGGAGAUGGAUGCAGCCCCAGGGGUAGAUCUGACCCGUGCCCUUUCUGAGAUGCGAGAGCAGUAUGAAGCCAUCGCCGAGAAGAAUCGUCAAGAUGCUGAGGCCUGGUUCUUUAGCAAGACUGAAGAACUGAACAAGGAAGUGGCUUCCAACACUGAAAUGAUCCAGAGCAGCAAGACUGAGAUCACUGACCUGAGACGCACGCUCCAGGGGCUGGAGAUCGAGCUUCAGUCGCAGCUCAGCGUGAAAGCCGGGCUGGAGAGCUCCUUGGCAGAGACGGAGAACCGUUAUGCUACCCAGCUGCAGCAGAUGCAGGGGCUGAUUAGCAACAUCGAGGUCCAGCUCAGUGAGCUCCGCAAUGAGAUGGAGUGUCAGAACCAGCAGUACAAUAUGCUCUUAGACAUCAAGACCCGGCUGGAACAGGAGAUUGCCACUUACCACAGCCUGCUAGAGGGCCAGGACUCCAAGAUGGUUGACUUAAGUACCAGAGAAGGUUCCCUUGGUGGAAUAGGUGGUAGUAGCAGUAGCAGCAAAGUCCAAAUCACCAUGGAGGAAUCAGUGGAUGGGAAGGUGAUUUCUUCCCAAAAAAGGGAAGUCUAAAUCUUCACUCGAGGCAAAAGAGAAGGUCCUUUACCCGCCUGGCUGAGAGCAUGAACAGCCACAGUGGGGAGAAGGAUGGAAAUUCAAGUCUUUGCAGUGGGAAUUGGAUGGCAAACAUGGGAACUUCCAGUGCUAUCCUCACCUUUCUCCUCAGCCCACUGGACCCCCACCCCACCCAUUUUUCAGUAGUAUGUUUAGUAAGUAGUAGUUAGUUCCCAGUAUGGAAGCCUGGGGAAGCAAGUAUAUUGUGUAACUAGUGCUCCACUCACUGUACUCUUUUUUUCUGUGAAAUAAAGUUUUUCCUUCUGUUUGCAAA